AUGUUGGACGGGCCGCAGGGGCUUGUCGUCCCCGGUGCCCGCUGGCGUGACGACAGCUCGGCGGAGGUGUGCGGCGGCCGGCGCUGCGGUCGGCCCUUCACGCUGUUCCACGGCAGGCACCACUGCCGCUGGUGCGGCGGUAUCUUCUGCGAGAAGUGUGCGCCACCAACCGGCGAGUACGGAGGCCGGCUUCUGCGCCGCUGCAACGCCUGUCGCCUGCCGGCCGUCUUCCGCAGUAUGCGCAGGGGCGCGACGGGCCCGCGUGAGGCGGUGACGGCGCAACUCAUCUUGUCGUUCCUCGACGACCGCAGCAUCAACGCGCUGCUGCAGUCGUGCUACACCUCCAUGUCAGAGUUCCACGUUGGCGAAUACGUGUACUACGACACCAUCAUGAGCCGCUUUCCCUCCUUCUUUGACGGCGCCCGCAUCGGCAAGGGAGGCACUGGCGUAGUCUACAAGUGUGAGGACCGCCGUCGCACCGACAGCACCCGUGUUGCGCUGAAGGUGAUCACGAAGAGCAGCAUUCUGACGCUGUGGGCGUGGCGUAAGAUCAUCACGGAGCUCGCCAUCAUGCAGGAUACCGACCACCCGAACGUUGUGCACGUGCUGGAGGUGUUCCAGACGCCGCUGCACUUCGUCAUCGUGAUGGAGGUAGGCGAUGGCGGCACGCUCACGCAGGCGCUGAACCUGCUGCGACGGCGGCGCUGCAACAUGGCGGCCUUCACCGCGAGUGUCGUCUCGCAGGUGGCGCAGGGGCUCAACUACCUCUACCGCAAGAAGCGCAUAGUGCACCGUGACAUCAAGCACGACAACAUCGUCCUCACGUUCGACUACACACGGGCGAUGAUCAUUGAUUUUGGCCUCGCUGAGUACAUAACCAGCGCGGGACGGCAGGUGUUCAAGCCUUGCGGCACGGUGGGGUUUGCGUCGCCCGAGAACGUCGUGCCGGCGCUGCGGAGCCUCAACGCCUUCGAAGCCACAGGCGACACAAUGCACCGCGCGGAUGUUUAUAGUUUAGGCGUCGUAGCAUUCAUGAUGCUCUCCGGGCAGCGGCCGCUGAAGGGCACAGGCCUCGCGGCGCUCCACCAGGAGAUGCGUGGUGGAGUUCUUUGCAUCGGGCCGCGCUGGGCUGGCGUGUCCGACAGCGCCAAGGCACUCAUCGAGGGAAUGCUGUCAUUCGGCGUGAAGACUCGCCCAACGGCGGAGGAAGUAGAGUCCCAUCCGUUCAUCGUUUCGAAUGCGCCGCUCAUUGGCGAGAUCGCGAAGUGGCGUAACCACGAUCUCGCUCUCACUGAGGAGGCGGAGAGCAAUGAGUGGGUGUACGUUGCGGCGACGGACUGGAGGCUGGGGCCACAGCGUUGCCACGCCCCCUCCGUCACUGGGCAGGCGUGCGUGCAGCAGAAGCAGCUGCAGGAGGGGCUCGCUCAGUAG